GGAGGAGGUUCAGAAGCGACCAUGGCCGAAGAAGAAGAAGAAAACGUACAAACUCGAAAAGAUUUACAGGAACUGGUUGACCAGCUAUAUCAUUUUCGAGACCACUAUUUUGAGAGCCACAGUGUGGAGGAUGCUGGGAAAAAGCAGCAAGAUGUACGGGAGGAGAUGGAAAAGACUCUUCAGCAAAUGAAAGCGAUAGAAGGUUUUUCUAAGGGGAGAGCUCUCACCCUGAUGCUGAAGGGGAAAGCUUUGAAUGUGACUCCAGAUUACAGUGUACAAGCUGAGGAAUUGCUUUCAAAAGCUGUCAAGCUAGACCCAGAACUGGUUGAGGCCUGGAAUCAGUUAGGGGAAGUUUAUUGGAAAAAGGGUGAUAUCUCUGCAGCCCAUACAUGCUUCUCUGGAGCACUCAGCCAUUGCAAGAACAAGGUGUCCCUGCAGAAUCUCUCUAUGGUGUUACGGCAGCUACGCACAAGCUCUGCUGAUGAGCAUGCGCACAAUGUGAUGGCCAGUGUGCAGCAGGCCAAGCUGGCUGUGCAGAUGGAUGUGCAUGAUGGCCGCUCUUGGUAUGUUUUGGGCAAUGCCUACCUCUCCUUGUUCUUCAAUACAGGGCAGAACCCCAAGAUCUCCCAGCAGGCGCUGAGUGCCUAUGCCCAAGCAGUGAAGGUAGACCCAACUGCUUCAUGCAAUCCAGAUUUACAUCUCAAUCGAGCCACGUUAUACAAGUAUGAAGAAAACUACAUGGAAGCCCUGGAGGGUUUUGCACAUGCUGCAGCCCUUGAUCCAGCUUGGCUGGAACCACGCCAGAGGGAGCAUCUACUCAUGGACUUCCUAGAAAGGCUAACCAACCUCCUUGAAAAUAAGGGAAAAGUGAAAGGCAAGAAGCUGCAAAGCAUGCUGGGAAGCCUGCGGACCUCUCAGCUAGGCCCAUGUGGUGAUGGGCACUACCAAGGGCCUUCAGGUCAGAAGGUGCAACUAGAGCAGCGUCCCCUAAGUGCCUUGCAGCCUGGUGUUAACUCUGGUGCUGUGGUACUGGGAAAGGUGCUAUUCAGCUUGACCACAGAGGAAAAGGUGCCCUUCACUUUUGGCCUAAUGGACUCCCUUGAGGGCCACUGUUUUGCUGUGACUGUUUACAACAUGGCACAAAGCUGGGGCGUUCUGAUUGGUGACUCGGUAGCUAUCCCUGAGCCUAAUGUCCGGCACCAUCACAUCCAGCAUCAGAACAAGAGUUUUAUUUUCUCUGGCAUCCGGGUGGAGACACCUUUGCUGCUCGUAGUGAAUGGCAAGAUGCAAGGAUCCCAGAGUCAGGCUGCUCCCACCAUUGCAUACCAGGCACAAAGUGAAUGAAGAAGGAGAGCGGGAAAAUGGGGCUGUUCCCUCUUGUAAUUGUGCUUGAUCUUUGGGUUGUACCUGCUGCCUCUUAGACAGCUGUGAUGUUCAAUGGCUUAGGAAAGUUGGACUAUUUUUAAUAUUUAGAGUUAAGGGAUUGUGUGAGACAGACAGAGAGGGAAUUACAGAGCAUUUGUGCUCAAACUGGAGCUUACCCCUCUUGAUUUGCUCCUCACUUCUACUUCCACAGGCAUUGACCUAUGCCUUACUUCACUGCUGUAAUAAUUAUUUGGUCUGCAAAAUUGGGGUUGCUCAUUCACUCUGUCUCACCUCUUCUCAACUCCUUCCACUUUCCAAAAACAAAGCCUGCUUUCUUUAUACUUUUGAGGGAACGAUUGCCAUCCCCAGCCUAGUGCCUCUGUAUGGUUUGGACCACAGUUACAUUUCUGACCAUUGGUCAUGCUAGACAGGACAAAUGGGAGUUUAAGUCCAAAACUUGUGAAGUCACCAGGUUGGGGAAGCUGCUCUUGCCCAUUAGUCACCUUCUUUACGUUUCAUUUCAGUUUUAGCACUUGGUCUUCUUGGACUCUUCUCUGUUUUGGAGAUUGCAUUGGAGUGGAUCCAGGCUUAGUCAUAUUUACUUCUAUAUUGGAAAAGAAAACUUAAGUCCCACUAAUUUUAAGGGGUCAGCUUUAAAUAUGAAUAAGCUUGGAUAAGCCUCAGUAUCUUUGAUUCACGUGUAUAUAGGGGAUAAUAAGUUGUGUAUUUAUUUUGUAACAUUUUGAAUUUGUUUUUGUAAUUUGUAUACAGACUUUUCCAGAUUCUGGCUUUUUCCCUGUGUCGUCCCAAAGCAAUAAAACAUGUUCCUUGCCA